AUGACGGACGCUGGCUUUACCCCACUUAUGUUGGCGUUGCCGUCACUGACGCCAUCGCUGGCCAUUGAGAUUCUUCCUCGAGGCCUAACUCUUCACCGUCUCUUCGUCCAGACUGAUGGCCGUACACACGACCUCGUCGUAGGGCCCGAAGAUCCCAAAGGUCAUAUAACUCAAAAGUAUACCAAUACCAUCAUCGGUCGCUACACGAACCGAGUGCCUGCAGGCCCCCGAACCCUCACCCACACCACGUCUGGCCUUACCGCCUCUAUCGCCCCUAUUCCCAACUCUGACGCCACACCGGGUGUGUCUCUUCACGGCGGUCCCUCCGGCUUCGACCAACACUGGGGAUUCAACCUCGAUGCUUCCCUCAAAGACGACCCGCAGGCUUUGAACGUCAAGGGGCACUCAUUGACAAUGAAGGCAUCCCACACCGUCGAGAUCGACUCUACCGGUCUUUCUACUGGAAAACUGAACCCCGUAGCGGGAACCUACCACGAGCAUUCUGGCAAACUCAUCGGGGACAAAUUCCCAGAAGCUGGUGUCUCUGACGACAUCGUGUUCGUAGAUCACUUCUACGUAUUCUCCCCUCGUGAGACCGCUCCACACCAUAUCGCCGAGAAAGACCUCACGCCUGAAUACAAUGGCGUCGAGACUAUUCUUGGAGAGCAUCAUGGUUCACCGGUCGUCGAGCUCGCGUCAGAGAAGAGCGGAUUGAAGCUUUCAUUUGACACUAACCAGUCUGGAGUGCAAUUCUACUCGUACAACUUCUCGACGGGCGAUGGCGCGCGAAAGAAAAUACACGGUGGAAGUGGAAAGGCGGGACCUGGAGAGGGCUAUCCCGCUGGUGGAGCGGCGUUCCUCGAGUUCCACGAGCCGAUUGCCUCGUUCGUCCACCCUUCAACAAACCCGAGCGGAUAUGACACCAUUCUCGGCCCAGGCGAGAUAUACAACAACUUUGUGAGGAUGGACGUGUUGUACAAGAGCCCGAAGAGCCUUUGA